UAAAUUGAAAGCUCACUUGUCUGCUAAUUUAUUCUGCUCUUAGAAAGCUAAGUUCAAAAAGAUAAUAACAGAGGAGUCAACUUUGAUAACAACAAAUCAAACUUUGCUGAACAUCAGAUUGUGAGGAGAGGGGGAUUUAAACCUUCACUACAGGUGGACGUCGUCUUUGUUGAUUCGCCGUCAAGUCGAAGAGAAGAGAAAAAAUGGCCAACUCCGGUCUGCAGAUUUUGGGAUUCGCCCUGGCCCUUUUGGGCGUAAUUGGAUUGAUUAUUGGCACAAUUUUACCCCAGUGGAAGAUGUCCGCUUAUGUUGGGGACAACAUCAUCACGGCGAUAGCCAUGUAUGAAGGACUGUGGAUGUCCUGCGCGUUCCAGAGCACAGGCCAGAUCCAGUGCAAGGUCUACGACUCAAUCCUGCAGCUCAACGCUGCCCUCCAGGCAACCCGCGCCCUCAUGAUUGUGGGUAUAAUCGUAACGAUAGCUGGCCUGGGCGCAGCUUGCAUGGGAAUGAAGUGCACCAACUGUGGAGGAGAUGACAAAACUCGCAAGUCCCGCAUUGCCAUGGCUGGUGGCAUUAUCAUCCUGUUGGGAUCUUUGUGUGCCAUUAUUGCCUGCUCCUGGUAUGCUCACGAUAUCAUCCAAGCCUUCUACAACCCUUUCACCCCCGUCAAUACCAAGUACGAGUUUGGGUCCGCCAUCUUCAUCGCCUGGGCUGGAGCUUUCCUGGCUGUAGUUGGAGGUGCAAUGCUGGCAGCGUCCUGCCCAAGACAAAAAUCCACACCAAAAUAUCCCGGUGUCCCAAUGUCCAGACCCCCCAGCAGCAAGGAAUACGUUUGAACAGGACAAGACUCGGGUGUUCAAGGCUGAAGAACACUUUGACAUUCAUGCUCGUCCAACUCAGAGAUUAUAAAUGUUGAAAAGUUGUGUCCCAGUACCUGUUUUUUAUUUUUUUAUUUUAGUUUCUUCAGGGCUACCCUGUGAUGUUACUGUAAUAAUAUUUUAACAAACACAUUAAAGUUUUAAAUAAUG